GUUGCCGAGGUAGUAGAAGAAGGAAUCAAGAUGCAUAGAGAGCUAAAAACAGAACUUUUGGCACUUUAGCAGCUUUUUCGACCCUCGUUACAGACACACGAGAGUUUACUGACAGCUCUCGGAAUAAAUUUACUGUGAUGGUGAAGCUAAGAGCGAGAUGUCUCCUUGUCGGAGAUGCUGCAGUGGGGAAAAGUGCACUGUCCCAUAUGUUCAACAGUGAUGGAACACUCUUCCAGAAGAACUACAGCAUGACAACUGGAGUGGAGCUGCUGAUGAAGUGUGUCAACAUCCCAGAGACCAAUGACAGUGUGGAGCUCUACAUCAUAGACUCGGCAGGGAAGGAGACAUUUGUGGAAACCUGUGAGAAAAUGUGGGGUGAGCUGUCGUUGCUGUGCCUGGUCUUUGACUUGACCAAUGAGCAGUCUUUUGCCAACUGCGGCCAAUGGAUGGAGAGAGUCCGCGCUCACUGCCAGGGUCGCCAAGUUUCAGGUGUACUAGUGGGCAACAAGUCAGACUUGUCAGCUCGACGGGAGGUCCAGGCAUCUGUUGCCCAGGAGUGGGCCCAAAGCCAGGGGUUGGAGUACCAUGAGACAUCAGCUAAGGAGAAGGAAAACUGUGAUGCCCCGCUCCUCAGUUUAGCCCGAUCCUUCCACUCUCUCUACAAAGAACGUCUUGAGACCAUCCAGAACCUCAGCCCAGGCUAGAGCCCACACAAGUCACACAUACACAGUCAUAUAAUAACAAACGUGUUUUCCAUUCCAAAAAUUUACAAGUUUACAUGUGAGGAUGUCAGGUGAUUGACAGAAACUGUGUUGCUUUGUAUCAUCCUACCUGCAGGCCCAGC